CCGGCUCGCAGCAUAGUGCCUUAACCAACUACGCUACCGCGUACCCACUUCCUCCGUCUUAUGUCCUGACACUCCCCUGACCGCCAUAUUCUCAGGCACCUUCAGUCUGUGUUCUUCCCUUAAUGACAUGUUCCAAGUUUCUUAUUCAUACAGAUCAAAUAAUAACAUUAUCCGUUUGCAUAUUUUAAUGUAUCCAUUUUUAUUUUGCAAGUGAACAGUCGAAAGUAUCUGAGCUCGAUAGUAGCAAGCAUUACACGAAUUUACCAUUAAUUCUUAAUUUAUUCAAGAACGCCGUUUCAGUUUCUUAGUAUUGUUCCCAGACGCGAUUGUUAAAGAGUUCGAGGGGCCCUAGGUCAGUGUCCAUUGCGGUGACCCACGGAAACUGAGAAACUUCUGGCUUCAUUGUUCAUUAGAACUACGUAGUAGUUUAGACACUGAGAAGAAGACCUUUUGUUUACCCUAAAAGCCAUAUGGGCCCUCCACCCUCUCAUGCAGGCGAAGUUUCGUGCCUGCCACGCUCAGGGCCCCUUAAGCCUCGAAGUCAUACACCGUGACCUAUUUCACCUAUGCCUUAAUCCGCCCUUCAUUGUUCCAAACAUUUGAACUUCGCAAUUAAAAAGGAUCUAUUUUCCUUUUUUAGCCUACUUUCCUAAAGUAGGCUUAUGCGAUCUUCAUGCUGUCUGUGUGUAUCCCAUCCAUUAGCCUUAUAAAGCUUGAACCAGUCUUCAUGAAACUUGCUAUGUAUAUCAUGGCAUCUGAGCCCAUCUCAACGGCGUGCUUCGUACAUCCCCCCACCAGUCUGUGUGUCUGUAUAUCUCUCCUAUUGUUCCUAAGCAAAAGCUUGGUAAAGUGUAUAUCUCCUUUCGUUGCCAGCUUAGCCCAGUCAGAAAGAAAACCAAUGGACUGCACUGAAUAUUGCUACAUUUUUUUAAAAGCUCAAUGUACACGUAUUUCAAAACAUUUAUUUGGAGCUAGCAUGCAGCUCUUCCGCUGUUCUGAUUUAGCGCCUUCAAAAUUUUUAGGUAUGCGAGGUUGGGAAGGGGGUACCGGGCCAUUUGUUAGGAUAUUCUGGAUCAGUUGCAGCCUGAAUUAGAACACGAGGACAAUAAAUUCCUGAAUACCCUGAAGGCUAUUCACACUUCAGUCAACAUUUCUGUUUUCGUACUAAAUUAAUUUAUUAUUAUUAUUUUUGCCAAUUUACGGUCUACUUACCCGUAAAGGAAGUAACAAGUAAAUGUGAUGUAUCUUGUUGUGUCUUGAGGGUUGUAACUGCCCAGCAGCAGUUCUCAUCCAUAUUUACUAAUACAUUCUCUUUCAGGUACUUAAAAAUUUUGUUUGUGUUUCAGGUCCCCUCUCCCCCUCAUUGACCCUGUGGCUCAUCGUGCUGAGGGGGUGAAACAAGGAAAGUUGCAUUUCGGUACAAUUUUUUUAACACUUGUCUGUGUACCGAAAUUUUUGUUACGAUAAAUUGGAACACUGAAAUUCCCCCGUACUAUAUUCCUGAGGAACAAAUAUGUAUGCAAAAAGAAAAUAUUAGCUAACACGAUGACAACGUAAUUUUGCAAUGAUUAUGGAAAUUGGAAUUAAAAUUGGGAAGUGUGUUUCAGCGUAACGAGGCAAUUCCUCACGGUUCUUAUCGAAAACGGCGAUAAGGCCGUAGCACGCAAGUUGGGGUAAACACCCUGCUGGUUUGUGCAAAUGUCCCAGCUUUUCUUUUUCAUAAACAAACAAUUCUUUUCUUAAUUAAAAUUUGAAAUUUCGGAGGUCCGAGUCACUGAUCCGAACAAAUGCAAAUUUCCUUGGCUAAACAGUGUUUUUAAGUUUACAUGAUAACAGAACUUUAUCGAAAGUUGGUGUUGAAGUGUUGGAGAUCCUGUUUUCGUAUUCGAGAGAUCGUGGCUUCAGAUCUCGGCACGCAGACCGGCUAUACUCACCAAGUGGUUUACUCAGACCCUCAAUGAAAGUUCUCUUACGUCACCCUGCGAGUUCGUGUAGUCUUAACGCUCGGGAAAUGCUCGAUUCGGCCGUAACACCCUCAGUCCUGUCCAUGGGCUUAACAUGGUUUUCCUCGGUCCAUCCAGACAAAGAUCUGAAUAGUAUGCAUUUAAAUAAUUUCAAAACACAAUAAGAUCCUUAUUUUAAGAAUUAGAUGAUAAUUCCAAUUCAGCAGCUGAAAUUGGAGCAUUGUACGCCUGAUGAUAACCCGGUGUAGGAGUCUAAACAUGUUGCGUCUGUAAAAAAACAAAAUAAAAGCAAGUGUUGAUGCAGUAGUGUCUUCUUCGUUUUUAAACAUAGAAUAUUGUUGUGUAGACUGCACACUUUAUAUACUUUUCUAUAUCUUGAAUAGUCUCUCGUUUAGACUACGAUAGUUUCCUUCCACAUCCCUGCAAUUCUUCAUUCAUUCAUUCAUUCAUCACCCCACCGUUAGACAUGGCGUGAUCUCCGAAGAGUCAUAAGUACCCGACAUAGGAAAUAUUCUCUUACUGAAAGCAUCAUUGAAUAAACUAAGACACUGUAUUUCUGAAGUGCCACUCGGUUAAAUGUUACAUGUACAUGGAAUACUUCAGGUGUUCCUAACAGGCAGUAUUCCAGCGAUGACAUCACAAUUGGUACUGAAGAAACCCUAGAAAGAAUUAAGGCAGAAAGAGAGCCGUAAUUUCAUGUGAGAGCUGUGAUCGGUCCAACUAGGUAACCGUGUCUUGAGGUGGACUCGAGCAUUUCUUUGGGCGGAGCCGGCCUGACAGGAUGUCAGGAAAAUCGUCUCUGCGACGCGUGGUGUGGUUCCUCUUGCUCACUGCGCGCAUUCUUCAAGGACAAGAAGCUGGCAAUGAUGUCGAGUUUCACUUCUAUAAGGGGAAUACCAGCUCCCAGAAACUGCUGUUGAAUCGGCUGCCCUGUUCCUGCCAAUCAUAUACUUGCGGCUGCUGUGCAGGGAUGAAUAUUCAGUCUUACAACUUCAGUCAGAAUGCCUGCAUGAAUUUAACAUAUGACCCCCAUGAAUUCUCCAUGACAUCCAACAUGCUGAUGAAUGACAACCCAGUGUUUACAUAUACAUUUACAGCCAAGAACCCACCUGCAGCCUGCAUGCCAGUGCCAUUACCCUACAUUCCAGUGCGAGUGCACUUUUGUGUACGAAUGUUUAACAUUUUCACGCCUGGCUCCAAUCUGCACAUGUGUGUUGACUUUGAAGCACGCAUUGCAAACAAGCCUGUUAUCAUUUUGCAUUUCGACUGUCUGCGUGUUGGGGCAGAUGGCUUUGCGCUUCUCAAACCAGAAGAUGAGGGAGGUCUGGGGACUUCCUCACCAGUUGGCGUGCCAGGAGAUGAUGAGUACGAUGAGGUCACUGAGGAGUCACACAUAAUUGAAACAACACUGUUGCCUGACAGGCCUAAAUUAAAUUUGAAUACAAAAGUAGUCUAUACAUGAUGAAGUAUGAACUGAAAUAAACUGGUAUUUGUAUUAUAAUUUUAUGCUACAGGAAUGCACAAAAUAUAGCUCAUGGACACUUGCUUCUUUCUCCACUUAAAUGAUUUUUAGGAACUGAAAUAUCUGUUUAAAUGAAAUUGGUUCUGGGUGCUGCUAGUGAAUACAGCCACUGAAACAAGAUUGCAAUUGAACAACCCUCAUUGAAGAGCACUGUAUUCUGGAUGUAGCAACAUGUAGUCAGCCCACAGACGUUUUGAAAUAUUGCAGUGGCUCCAUCUUCAGGGUUGAAAUGUAACCAAAGCAACAAGCUAGCAAGAUGUCACUACAUUCCUCCAAAAUAUCAUACUUCUACUAGAUUACAAAGCAUCACAUUCCAGAAGAUAGUAUUCAUCAUAGUCACUACUAUGAGAAUCCUAAAUCCAACUCUCAUAUUAUCUUCACUUGUUAAAAAUAAAUUUAACUUGUGUAUUGACUGGAGUUAGUAUACUUCUGAAUGUGAGAGAUUUUACCUUCUCACAGGGGUGAAAUAAUGUGGCAACAUGUAGUUGACCCUGGUAUCUACCCUGAAAAUGUGAGGUAGUACAUGUAUGCUUCUCUAAAAUGGUAACCUUCUGCAAAACUACAAGGCAUCACACACCAGAAGAAUGUAAUCUUAAUACUUCUGAAUGUUAAACGUUUAAAAUAGUUUAUUAUAUUUUAAAGGCUUGCCUUGUCAAUGUUACUUUCUUACCUACCUCUGUAAAAUGUCUCCCCCUUUGAAUGACUGUCAUAAUGUUUGUGUUCUUACACAUGUAUAGUGAUUUGCUCAUAUAUGAAUAAAUAAGA